AUGUUCUAAGUCCUUUAAUUGAAGAUAUAAAAGAACUUAAAAAUGGAUUUACAAUAGAAAUAAAUAGUAAAUAUAUUUGGAUAAUAGGUAGAUUGGGUAACAUUACAGCAGAUUUACCUGAGGGAAAUGAACAAACUGAAAUUAAGCAUUACAAUGCUAAUUAUAAUUACC